AUGACGGCACCUCUUCGUAAUACCCAGCAUGCCUCAGCCAUAGCCGCGAUCACCGCCUCCCAGAACAGCGCGCCCGUGGCAGAAUUUCGUUGCCUCUAUACACAAGACGUCAAGAGGAAGCAGAAGCGGUGGCAGGAUGGCUAUCUCAAGUUCCAUACCUUCAACAGCCGGGUCAUGGUAUAUGACCAGGCAAGGAACUUUCUCGGAGAUACCUAUCACAAAGACAGCAACGAGCUGCAGGAAGGAGACGAACUCAGCCUGAACAAUGGCGCUUUAGUAGAGGUCGCUGAGGCCAUGAGCAUCACACAUACCGAUCUGACGCAACUACUCGAGAAGAAAACGAAAGAACAGCCACCCCGCCCGACCGCUCCUUCCCAGCCGAAACCGUUCCAGAGGCCAUCGUCAGUGGCACCGACCAAUGCCCAGCGAAGUGCAUCCCAACUACGCCACAAAUCGCUCAAUACACUGCUUGGGACACCGAAAGGGCCAAUUGGAAAGGCGCAACCUAUGAAAUCUCCAUACGAGGCUCGAAAGGAAAAGGAGAAUGAGCUGGUCGAGGAACCCACCCCGAAGAGACAAAAGACUAGCCAGCCACGCACAAACUGGAGAGCAUCUAGCCCAGUCCAAGAAGACAGCCCCAUAGCGAAGAGAGAUUCGGCUGUACAAGUACAACCGCCAGACACAGCGAAUGCUCGGAAACCUGCGAAAUUCAUACCGCCGACAGCGACUGUCAUCACGAUAGAGUCCGAGUCCGACCCUCACCCUGCGGACUUGUCCGAUCCCGCUGUACCUCAGCAACCGCCCGUACAAACCCCACGAAUACCCAAAGGCAAGGUGCCAGUACCCAGUGUACGAGCGUUGGAGACUCCGAAGCAACGAGCGCCACCAUCUUCACCUCCAGUGAGCGCCUCAAAUCGCCUGACGAACGUCGACUUCGCGUUACAACCAACAAAGCAGCCACCCAAAGACCCCACUCCGCCACCACCUUCGCCUCCUCCUAACCGCAAAGCGAAAUCGCUUCGAUUGUCGGCGGGUGUAAAGCGCGGAACCUUGCUGUGUCAGUCGCUGCCUCAGAAGACCAUAAGGGCAGCUAGUGAGGCCAGAGCGACCAGUUCCAAUGUCAGAGCUCGACCGGUAUCACGCGUCACGAGCAAGGAGCCAUCACCUGCAAUAUCACAGAACAGUAAUCCGCAACAAGAGGUCGCCUCUGCAGCGUCGAAACGGGUGGCUAAAGCCAAGCGAAGAAAUACAGAGGCACAGGAUGGUGACAGUCUCGCGCCAAAGAAAGCCAGAGUGUCCAGAUCUCCCCCGCUCCCAUCACGGAGUGUUCUCGAAGAUCCAGAAGUUAUACAUGGCCUCAUGGACCAGCAACUAAUAAUUCCCUCGUCUCCACCUCAGCCUCAGUCCGUAUUCUCUCCUUCAGAGACAGUCUCCGAACCCAAGCCUACCACUACCAAGAAACUGGCGGACCAGACACCGAUUGAACCGCCAUCUAAACGUCAACCUACGAAGUCGAAAUCUCCUCCACGAGACAAGACUGUCCGAAAAGCACAGCCAAGAAGCAACAUUGUGGAUAAGUCUGCAUCAACGCGCAAGGCCCCAUCGCCACCUGUUCCCGGUCUUGAUCCACCGAUAUCAGCAUCGCGAGACGUCUCGCCAGCGCAUACUGAAGCCUCUGAAACACAAUCACGCACAUCAUCAACUUCGCCUCGCAAAGUCCCACUCUCGACUGGCGGCUUCCCCAAGCGGCCGCCGAAGCGAUCCAAGAAGCAAGCAGCCGCAACGCCCUUAGUACAAGAAGAACCAGCUCCAGCCCCUCUAAAUGAGUCUGUACCUCUUCCGCCGCAUCCCCUCCGAGCGAACAAGAAAGGACCCAUGAUGAGCACAACUGAACUAGCAUCUCUUCUCCAAAAGCCUCACAACCUAGCCAAAGCCCUUCCCGACCCCAUCGAAGACGGCUCAAACAUAACCAGCGCAGGCAAAUCGCCCAGCCGAAACUUCAGGCGCGUAAGAAGCGAAAACGACGCACCGAUACCCAGUACAGCGGAUGACUGGGAGAAGCGCAAUCUACCCAAGACGUCCAGCAACAUAGCCGAUACCGUAGACGAUCCACCGAUCACUGCUACUGUACCCGAGGAACCAAAGAAGAAGAAAAGCAGUGGGCUAGAUGCGUUGAUUAAACGAACUGAUCCUAGAAGGAAGUUCAAGAGGACGCAGAGUCUGCAGGUGGAUACCAAUGUUCCGUCGGCUGCUAUGGGAGAGGUCGAGCUACCUAGUCCCGUUGUAGAUAAGGAUGUUGGGCCGUGGAGUACUGAAGCGGGCGAUCUUUUUGAUUGGAGACCGCCUGGGAAGGAGUGA